CGAGACGCAUUCUGCCUUGAUUCUCAAUCAGCACCAGACGAGCAGGAUAUAACGGAAAUGGGGACACGACAAAAUCACUCAUCAUCAUCUGAACUUACGGAGCUCCGUCGUCUCAGGAAAAUCGUUGCGGGAUUUCCCCCGAGGGCCGUUGCUGACUUUUUGGUCUCAGUCUGCAUUGCUUACGGGACUGAUGUCUUUUUCUAUUUCGACCAGGCUCAGUUUGUAGCCGAACUGGACCAGUUCUACAACGAGCCUGCGUCAGCAAUAAGACUGGACACCAGCUUCGUAUGUCUCAGCUUGGCGGUAUUCGCUCUAGGAAGCCAAUGGACUGCUCUUGCCCGGCCAGAAGCCUCUGACCAUAUGAAGCAGAGAGAUGACCAGAGGUUCGAUCCCGGUCGCAUCUUCUACAACCAGGCGCGUAGCUUGAUUCCAGACGUUAUUGAACGUUCUUGCGUCAGGUCUGUGCAGACAACGUUUAUACUCGGUGUGUAUCUCAUGCCAGCUAGCGCUAUCAGCGCAUCCUAUGUCUACAUGGGAUUAGCCUUGCGCAAAGCGCUUGCCAUCGGCCUCCACCAGGAACCCGACGAGUCUGCCUUUAGUCCGGAAGAACAAGAGGCCAGAAGAAGGUUGUGGUGGUCUAUAUACUCUCUAGAGAGAACUAUGACCAUCAAGCUCAACCGUCCGCGAUCUAUCAGCCAGGACAUCAUCUCAGUCCGCCUCCCUCGACGAAUGAGCCGAGACUCGGCCCAAAGAUUCGACAAUGUUCAACACCAGAUAGCCAACGCAACCUUUGUUCUCAUCAUUGACAAGCUCUCACAACCAGGUGCAUGGUCACGCAUCAACCAAACUCCUUCAGCGUCGGAGCAUUUUAACUCCUGGAACAGCGCCCAGGAUUCCCUUAAGAAGUGGAAGAAAGAUUUGCCGCCCUCGAUACGUCUUCUAAAUGUUGACCCCAAGUCUUCCAGCUACAGGACUGUCUUCCACCUUCAUCUCAACUACUAUUUUGCUUCAAUAGAUAUGGGUAAAGUCUCAGUCGUCACUGUCGUCAGAGCCCGGCUUCGCGCGGUUUUCCGCACCCACGAGGAACUUCAAAGUAUCAGCAAAGAUGUUGAACAGUUCUCAGAUGCGUGUGUCAAAGCAGCGAAGAAGAUGAUCGAGCUCUUCGAGUGCCUGUAUCGCAGCGGCAACUUGGCGCGGUUCUCAUUUACGGACUUCCAGGGCUGCAGUAUUGCCACGAUCAUCCUGUUGCUUGCAGGCAUCCUGACCCGAGACUCGGGGUAUGAGGGCCGUAUAGCAUUUGGGCUGGACUGUCUUCGCCGGAUGGCUUGUGGUGGGAACGUUACGGCGCAAGUGGGAGUUCGCUUUAUUGAGACUUUGCGGUCCAUCACAAACGAAGCAAGGUCCAAGUUUCUGGCAACACAACAGGGCCAAGAAAAGAGCUCUGAUACAUCAGCGGAAGACACAGAUGAUUAUGUGUGUUGGACAGAGUGGCUUGCGAAUGCUAAACGAGAUCACGACUUUUCGGAAGGUGAAUUUGAACAGGAAUUUCCUGAGUUAACAGUCAACGUGACGAGACCAUUGUCACUACAGCACGGGACGCAAGCAGCUCCAUGGGACGAGUCCGAGGCAUCGCAGCUUGAAAACGUGUUGACGUCAGGAUUCUCUCUGCCAAUGGACAGUACAGGAUCCCUUCACAACCAGCACCCAGUGGCCGCACAAUCUUCCGAAGAUCUUUGGAUACCCUCAUUCACCUGGACGAAUGAUCAAACGUAUCUAAUGGGUUUGAAUGGCAUGGGUGUUUUAGACUUCACAGACCUGUCGUGAGGCUUGGUCACAGAACAGUG